AUGACUUUAUCUUACGACCAAGAAUGGCUGAAGAUGGCUAAGCCGGCAUUAGAUCAAUCUCAAGCCAUCAAGCCUGCAGUACAUGAUGUGGACGCCAGACGAUCCAAAUUUGAAGGGACGUUGAGCAAGAGGCAGGGUUGGAUUCAUUUGCCUGACAACAUCGAACACAUCGUGCACCACGUUCCGGUUGCCGGUGAUUGCGAGAUCAAGCUUCAUCAUGUCCGCAAUACGAGUGUACUGGGCGAUGAUCCCGGUCCUGUCAUCCUUCAUAUUCAUGGUGGAGGGUUCUUCAGCUUCCAAGCGAUUCAUAGCGUGCCAGCCCUGGCACACUAUGUUUCCUCUACUGGAGUCGCAAUGAUCUCCAUCAACUACCGCCUCGCUCCGGAGAAUCCCCUACCCCAUUCCCCUUGA